AUCGUAUUUGAUCUGCAGUGACACUUGUGUUAGGCAGAUUCCAAGUGGCUUGGCUUAUAGGCUUAUUCUUUGUUUUUGGUAUCGCACGGUCAGAAAAAAAUGAAGGUUGUUAUAUUCUUUCUAGCAGUUUGCGUUGCGGCGGCAGCAGGUAGAAGUUAUUGUAGAUGUGACAGCAACGACCUUGUAUGUACCUACGACAAUGAGACGAAGGCCAAGUGUGAGAUGGAGUGCGAACGCAAAGAGUACCUGAUCAACUGCGAAGGCCACUGCCCUUGCGUUAGCCCUGCAUACCGCCCGGCCGGCUCUGAAUAUCGCCCCACCCCGUGCGGCUGUGACAACACCUACAAGCCGGUGCACACGAUGUCAGAUAACUACUACAUGAACAAGUGUCAGGCCGAAUGCAACGGAGAGGUGGUCUGUACCGGACGCAUAAGUGUGUGAACGAUUGCCCGUUAUACAAACAUUAUUUUGAAAACGCUUUUCAUGUGAACAACAUUUUAAACCUUUGGGAUUAAAAUAUAUUUACGA